GUGAUCUCCGGCCGGCCUCUCGCUCCCCUUCUCUCUUAGCUUGCUAGCUGAUGUACUUGCCGCGAUCCAGCGACCUCGCGCUUCGUCUCCCAUGGCAACGACGCAGUUGCUGUCCACCGUCGAGCACCGGGAGACGCUCCCGGAGGGCUAUGCUCGGCCUGAGUCCGACCGGCCGCGGCUCGCCGAAGUUGCCACGGACAGCAACAUCCCGCUCAUCGACCUCGCCUCGCCGGACAAGCCGCGGGUCAUCGCCGAGAUUGCUCAGGCCUGUCGCACCUACGGCUUCUUCCAGGUCACCAACCACGGGAUAGCAGAGGAGCUACUGGAGAAGGUGAUGGCCGUGGCGUUGGAGUUCUUCAGGCUGCCGCCGGAGGAGAAGGAGAAGCUGUAUUCCGAUGAGCCAUCCAAGAAAAUCAGACUCUCUACGAGCUUUAACGUCCGCAAGGAGACAGUACACAACUGGAGAGAUUAUCUCCGCCUUCACUGCCACCCGCUGGAGGAAUUCGUACCCGAGUGGCCCUCUAAUCCGGCACAGUUCAAGGAGAUUAUGAGCACGUACUGCCGAGAAGUCCGGCAACUGGGGCUCCGGCUUCUCGGCGCCAUCUCUGUCAGCCUCGGCCUCGAGGAGGACUACAUCGAGAAGGUGCUCGGCGAGCAGGAGCAGCACAUGGCUGUGAACUACUACCCGCGGUGUCCGGAGCCGGACCUGACCUACGGCCUUCCCAAGCACACGGACCCCAACGCCCUCACCAUCCUCCUCCCCGAUCCCCAUGUCGCCGGCCUCCAGGUCCUCAGGGACGGCGACCAGUGGAUCGUCGUCAACCCACGCCCCAACGCUCUCGUCGUCAACCUAGGCGACCAGAUACAGGCUCUGAGCAAUGACGCGUACAAGAGCGUGUGGCACCGUGCGGUGGUUAACGCGGUGCAAGAGCGCAUGUCGGUGGCAUCUUUCAUGUGUCCGUGCAACAGCGCGGUGAUCAGCCCGGCGAGGAAGCUCGUCGCGGACGGGGACGCGCCCGUGUACCGGAGCUUCACCUACGACGAGUACUACAAGAAGUUCUGGAGCAGGAACCUGGACCAGGAGCACUGCCUAGAGCUCUUCAAAGGCCAGUAGUAACGACUAAUGAACUCGAUCGUGUGCAGAAACUUCAGACUUGCGCUUCACUACCCAAGUUAAAAUUGCUUGCCGCUCGUUGCUGCAGUGCAGAUAUCCUCGUCGUUUGACGGUUGUGUGUGGUUGUCUGGUGCACUUAAUUUAUCGGUUCAGUACUUAAUUAUGUCGGGCAAUGCUUUACUUAUUUUAUCGAUGUUAUGUAUCACAUAAUGCUUUGGUUAUUCCUAAAACUUCCAAUAAAAUUGGUAUGCCUAAUUACCCUCAAACA